UUCAUAUUCAAGAUGAGUGCCGACAAAUGGGAAAAGAACGAGGAAAUUCAAAUAUUCCGGGAGUACUUGCGAAUUCCAUCUGUGCACCCCAAUAUUGAUUACACCGCUUGUGUGGAGUUUAUUCGUCGUCAGGCUGAUUCCCUCAAUCUUCCCGUGGAAGUAGUAUAUCCAGCAGUUAAAUCCAAACCUGUGGUGAUCAUUAAAUGGGAAGGAAGCCAGCCAAAGCUCCCAUCAAUAAUCUUAAACUCGCACAUGGAUGUGGUGCCUGUAUUCCCCGAGAAGUGGACCCAUGAACCCUUCUCCGCUGACAUUGAUGAGGAGGGCAGGAUCUUUGCACGAGGUGCUCAGGACAUGAAAUCGGUGGGCACUCAGUACCUAGGAGCUAUUCGCCUUUUGAAGGCUGAUGGCUUUCAGCCGAAAAGGACGCUGUAUGUGACCUUUGUGCCCGACGAGGAGAUUGGAGGCAUCGAUGGUAUGGCAGCGUUCGUUCAAACUGACUUUUACAAGCAAAUGAAUGUGGGAUUCAGCCUGGACGAGGGUUGCACUAGUGCUUCUGAUGUUCAUCACCUGUUCUACGCCGAGCGUAUACGAUGGAUACUCAAAUUGAAAGUUGGUGGAACUGCCGGUCAUGGUUCUCUAUUGUUGCCCGAUACUGCCGGAGUUAAGUUCAACUAUGUGUUGAACAAGCUGACGGAGUUCCGUGAGUCGCAAAUCCAGCUACUGAAAAACGACCAAAGCCUCAGCAUCGGUGAUGUGACCACGGUGAAUCUCACCCAGUUGAGUGGCGGAGUGCAGAGCAAUGUGGUUCCGCCGCUUUUGGAGGCCAUUUUUGACAUGCGUCUAUCCACAACCCUGGAUUUGGUUGCCUUCGAGCGGCAAAUUCGGAGCUGGUGCGAGGAGGCAGGUGGAGGUAUUGAUAUUGAGUUCCCUCUGAAAGAGGCCUAUGUGGCACCCACCAAACUGGAUGAUUCGAAUCCCUUUUGGUUGGCUUUGAAAGCCGCUCUGGAUGAACUAGGACUGAAAGUUAAGCCGAUAGUGUGUUUUGGAGUCACCGAUUGUCGUUUUAUUCGCCAGCAGGGAACCCCUGCAAUUGGUUUCUCACCCAUCGUAAAUACCUCUGUACUAAUCCAUGAUCAUGAUGAGUUUUUGAGGGCUAAUGAUUAUUUGAAUGGCAUUCAGGUGUACAAGAGGAUUAUUCCCGGUCUCGCUGAAGUCUAG